CUGGGUGCUAGAAAAAACAGGACAUGAUUAGUGACCCAGGAAUUUACCUUAAUCAAUUAUUUAAAGGCUGCACGGUGGAGCAGUUGGUAGCAGGUAGAAGUUCCUGGGUUUGACUCCCGGCUGGGGGUCUUUCUGCAUGGAGUGUGCAUGUUCUUCCCGUGCAUGCGUGGGUUCUCACCGGGUACUCCGUCUUCCUUCCACAGUCCAAAAACAUGACUGUAUAAGGACAAACACAUCCACAUUACAUCCCUAACUCUAACUAAGUGUAUCUGUGAUUGCAUUCGUUAACUGAAAUGCCAUGAUGUCCGUGUGUAGAUGUUCAGCGUUUUGUUUGUGCACACAAAAAAACCCCACCCUGCUGUGCCUCACUAAAGCAAAAAAACAAAAAAAAAAGAAAUGUUUGUGUGUGUGUAUCUGCAAGGAGCUUAAUGGCUGAGCUUGUGUCAAGCCGGCGAAACAUGACCAUUCAUAUGGUAAUAACCCAGCGAAAAAAGACAAUAAAUUGCUUCAUGUCCUCUGAGACCGCGCAGAGGGGCGAGCAGAAGCCACAGAUCUGGAAGCUUCGGAUGGGUCAGCAGCCGACUCAUGUCUCUGAGUACAGGGAUGCAGGGCUUCUGUUCGUUGAGGUGCAUGCUAGAGCUGCUGCAAGGUGCCUCUGCCAAGUAGGUGGGAGAUGGAGUUAAUGGAAAUGCUUCUGUCUUAGGAAAGCGGACUAAAAUCAGGAGACAUCACUCAGAAGGGCUAUGAGAAAAAAAGAAGCAAGCUGCUGGCUCCUUACAUCCCACAGAUACAAGGUGUAGAUCCAUCCUUGCAAAUUGACAACAGGAUCCAGUCCUCCUCCCAAGUUGUUCCAGUUUCCAAACACAACAAGUCCCGGACCGGCAAUGCCCGGGAUGAGCGCUUCAGAUCUGAUCUGCACACAGAGGCCGUCCAAGCUGCUUUGGCAAAGUACAAAGAGAGAAAGAUGCCCAUGCCCUCUAAAAGACGAUCUGUGUUAGUUCAAUCUUCAGUCGAGGCCUGCACCCCACCAGACACCUCCUCAGCAUCAGAAGAUGAGGGCUCCCUUCGACGGCAGGGACGUCUAGCCACGUCCACACCCUAUCAGGGCCACAGCCACCCAGCUGUCGAACACUGGUUCAACCGCGUCAUCCAGGGCUCGUCCACCUCCUCCUCAGCCUCAUCAACCUCUUCCCACCCGGGAGGCAGAUCCAUUACCAACAGCACUGCCCACGCUGCCCUCAACGCCAACGCCGCAGCGACUGCACUGGCAGACCUCAUGGCACACACCAGGCUAGACACCCCGCUCAUCAGAGAUAACCAUUCAGCGCCCCCCGAUGUGACAGGGCUGUCCGAGCGCUCCUCAAUUUACCUGGAGCGGCCCCAGGUGGGCUCGGUGCGAGGCAUAUCCCGCAGCUACAACCACCACGCCAGCAUGAUGGAGACUGCAGAUGGCUGUGAGUAUGGAGGUGAAGGAUGCCUGACUUUAACUGAUGGUGUUCCUGUCAACAGUCGUGUCUCCAACAAAAUCCAGCAGCUGCUCAAUACAUUAAAGAGACCAAAGCGUCCACCAUUGCGUGAAUUCUUUGUUGAUGACUUCGAGGAGCUUUUAGAUGUCCAGCAGCCAGAUCCCAACCAGCCCAGGCCAGAAGGCCAGCAGAUGAGCCCUCUAGAAGGAGAGCCUCUCGGGGUGGUCACCAACUGGCCUACUUCUUUGCCAGCAGCCCUGCAAAGGUGGGGCACCACUCAUCCAAAGAGCCCCUGUCUGACAGCACUUGACAAUGCCGGCAAACCCGUCUACACACUCACUUAUGGUAAACUGUGGACCCGCAGUCAGAAACUGGCCUACACUUUGCUAAACAAACUGAGCAGCAGAAAUGAGCCUUUGCUAAUGCCUGGAGACAGAGUUGCACUCGUUUGCCCCAACAAUGACCCAGUGAUGUUCAUGGUGGCCUUCUACGGCUGUCUCCUGGCAGAGCUUGUACCUGUGCCUAUUGAAGUACCGCUGACCAGAAAGGAUGCAGGCAGUCAGCAGAUUGGCUUUCUGUUGGGCAGCUGCGGGGUCACGUUAGCACUGACCACUGAUGCUUGUCAGAAAGGUCUGCCCAAAGCACAAACAGGGGAGGUAGCCACUUUCAAAGGCUGGCCGCGGCUGCUUUGGUUUGUGACAGAUGGGAAACAUGUUGUGAAGCCUCCAAAAGACUGGCACCCGCCAAUACAGGAAGCCAGCAAUGAUAUCGCUUAUAUAGAAUAUAAAACCAGCAAAGAGGGAAGCACCAUGGGAAUAACCGUGUCCCAUUCAGCCAUGCUGGCUCAUUGUCAAGCCCUGACACAGGCCUGCGGCUACACAGAAGGUGAAACCAUUACCAAUGUUCUGGACUUUAAACGAGAAGUAGGAUUAUGGCAUGGUGUCCUCACGAGCGUCAUGAAUCGGAUGCACGUGAUCAGCAUUCCCUACUCCCUGAUGAAAGUCAACCCUCUGUCCUGGAUACAGAAGGUUCACAUGUACAAAGCACGGGUAGCAGUGGUGAAGUCGAGGGACAUGCACUGGUCCCUGCUGGCCCAGAGAGACCAGAGAGACAUCAGUCUGAGCUCACUGCGGAUGCUGAUCGUGGCUGAUGGAGCUAACCCAUGGUCGAUAUCCUCCUGCGACGCCUUCCUCAAUGUGUUUCAGGCACGUGGGCUGCGACCUGAGGUGAUCUGCCCAUGUGCCAGCUCCUCAGAAGCAAUGACUGUCGCCAUCCGGAGACCUCCAGAGAUGGGUGUUCCUCCCCCAGGCAAAGCAGUGUUGUCCAUGAGCGGGCUGAGUCACAGUGUGAUCCGAGUGGACACGGAGGAGAAACUCUCUGUCCUCACAGUGCAGGAUGUAGGACAGGUCAUGCCUCAAGCUGUUGUUUGCGUGGUGCGAGUGGAGGGAACACCUUUUCUCUGUCAGACAGAUGAGGUUGGAGAGAUAUGCGUUACCUCAGGCAGUUCUGGUUUAGCGUACUACGGUCUGCCAGGCAUGACCAAGAACAUCUUUGAGACUAUCCCAGUAAAACCAUCUGGCGUUCCCAUCAGUGACAGGCCUUUCACCAGAACCUCACUGCUUGGCUUUGUGGGACCAGACAACCUUGUGUUUGUUGUUGGGAAGAUGGAUGGCCUCAUGGUCGUCAGUGGCCGGAGACACAAUGCCGAUGAUGUGGUUGCCACGGCACUGGCUGUAGAGCCCAUGAAGUUUGUGUACAGGGGAAGGAUAGCAGUGUUUUCAGUGUCGGUCCUGCACGAUGAGAGAAUCGUUGUGGUCGCCGAGCAGAGGCCUGAUGCCUCAGAGGAGGACAGCUUCCAGUGGAUGAGCCGUGUCCUUCAGGCCAUCGACAGCAUCCACCAGGUUGGGGUUUACUGCCUGGCUCUGGUGCCUGCCAACACUCUUCCUAAAGCUCCUUUGGGUGGCAUCCACAUAUCUGAGACCAAGCAGCGCUUCCUGGAGGGUGCCCUGCACCCCUGCAAUGUCCUUAUGUGCCCUCAUACAUGUGUCACCAACCUACCCAAACCGAGACAAAAACAACCAGAGGUUGGUCCUGCUUCUAUGAUAGUGGGAAACUUGGUGGCAGGAAAGAGGAUAGCACAAGCCUGUGGGAGAGACCUGGGGCAGCUCGAGGACAAUGACCAGGCACGUAAGUUCCUCUACAUCCAGGAUGUGCUACAGUGGAGAGCUCAGGCCACUCCAGAUCAUCCGCUGUUCCUCGUUCUCAAUUCUAAAGGCACAGUGGCCAGCACAGCUUCCUGCGUGCAGCUGCACAAGCGAGCAGAGCGAGUGGCAGCAGCUCUGAUGGGACGCCUCAACACCGGGGACCAUGUAGCACUUGUCUACCCACCGGGAAUCGACCUGAUUGCAACCUUCUACGGCUGCCUGUAUGCUGGGUGUGUCCCUGUCACUGUUAGACCUCCACACCCACAGAACCUGGCCACCACCCUACCUACUGUCAAAAUGAUUGUUGAGGUCAGUAAGUCGGUGUGUAUCCUGACCUCCCAAGCAAUAGUGAAGCUACUGAAAUCCAAAGAGGCUACUGCAGCGGUGGACAUCAAGAGCUGGCCCACAGUGAUGGACACGGAUGACCUCCCCAGGAAAAAGUGUCCUCAGAUGUACAAGCCCCCCACACCAGAGAUGUUGGCUUACCUGGAUUUCAGUGUUUCCACAACUGGGAUCCUGGCAGGGGUCAAAAUGUCUCAUUCUGCCACCAGUGCCUUGUGUCGCUCCAUUAAGCUGCAGUGUGAGCUCUACCCUUCCAGGCAGAUCGCCAUCUGUCUGGACCCCUACUGCGGCCUGGGCUUGGCUCUCUGGUGCCUGUGCAGUGUUUACUCCGGCCACCAGUCAAUCCUCGUUCCUCCUCUGGAGUUGGAGAGUAAUGCAUCUCUCUGGCUCACUGCUGUCAGCCAGUACAAAGUCCGCGUCACCUUCUGCUCGUAUUCAGUCAUGGAGAUGUGCACCAAGGGUCUGGGCUCACAGACAGAAGCUCUACGGUUGCGAAAUGUGAAUCUGUCUUGUGUGCGAACGUGCAUGGUGGUGGCCGAGGAAAGGCCUCGAAUCACCCUCACUCAGUCAUUCUCGAAGAUCUUCAAAGACUUGGGGCUCUCACCACGAGCCGUCAGCACCACCUUCGGAUGCAGAGUGAACAUAGCAAUCUGUUUGCAGGGAACAUCUGGACCAGAUCCCACCACUGUUUAUGUGGAUAUGAGAGCUUUACGACAUGACAGGGUUCGUCUUGUUGAGAGAGGAUCCCCUCACAGUCUGCCCCUCAUGGAGUCUGGGAAGAUCCUUCCUGGAGUGAAAGUGAUCAUUGCCAACACAGAGACCAAAGGACCUUUAGGAGACUGUCAUCUAGGAGAGAUCUGGGUGAGCAGUCCUCACAACGCCACUGGCUACUACACAGUUUAUGGUGAAGAGGUGCUGCAUGCUGACCACUUUAACACCAAGCUUAGCUUUGGAGACACCCAGACGGUCUGGGCAAGGACCGGUUAUCUGGGCUUCCUGCGACGCACUGACCUCACUGAUGCCAGUGGAGAGCGCCAUGAUGCCCUCUAUGUGGUGGGCUCUCUUGAUGAAACUCUGGAGCUGAGGGGAAUGAGGUAUCACCCCAUCGACAUUGAGACCUCAGUUAUCCGUUCCCACAAGAGCAUAGCUGAAUGUGCGGUGUUCACAUGGACCAACCUCCUGGUUGUUGUGGUGGAGCUGGAGGGAUCCGAGCAGGAGGCGCUGGACCUGGUGGCCUUGGUGACAAACGUUGUCCUGGAGGAGCACUACCUCAUCGUGGGAGUAGUGGUUGUGGUGGACCCUGGUGUGAUCCCCAUCAACUCCAGAGGGGAGAAGCAGCGGAUGCACCUCAGAGAUGGAUUCCUGGCUGACCAGCUGGACCCCAUUUAUGUGGCUUACAACAUGUGAGGGUCCGUCUAAAGGAGGGAAACCCCGUCUCCUGUUUUUUUUGUUUUUUUGCCACUCCUGGAGCCAGCGGGAUAGAAAUGUCUUGUAUGAGCAUGGCCUUGAUUGAAAGAGUCUUGCUCCUCAGCACACAAGGAAACAGACCAAAACAUGGAUACAAGAAUUCUAAAAAAUGUAGAAAAUGCCCAACAGGUAUAAGACUGACAGAAAUCUCACAUCUGUUUCCUUUGUGGAUUGUGUGUAUCAGCAAGUAAUAUUUUAUAGGGCAUUUUUCUUUUACUGAUGUGACUCUUGAAUAUAUGACAUAACUCUGGGCUCUUUAAACCCAAGUGCAGCACAGCAAGAGUGUUAUAGUAUGAUACUACACAGUGCCAAUAAAUGUAAUUUAUUUUGUUACGCUAAAAAAGGAUGAAUGUUCAGUGUGCGUUUGUGCCAGUGCACCAAACCUGAUUAAAACAACAGUUAUGUUCAGA